UCCCCUCCUCUUCCUCCUACCCCCUCCCGGCUUUCGUUGACCCCCCCUACCCCCCAGCGUUGGGAGGACGGUCUUUGCUCUCUCCGGGAGGGCUUAACGGCGCUCCCCCCACUUGGGACCCUGCCAGGGCAGAGUCCGAGCCCCCCUCCUCCUCCUCCCCGCGCUGAACGCAGCCCCGGCCGGCGAGAUAAAGUUCCCGGCCGAGGCAGAGAAGCAGACGGGGCGAUGGCGGCGCGGGGCGAGGCCGUGGAGGCGGCCAACUUGGCCGUGGUGGUGCGGGCAGCCGGCGAGCUGUGCCUGGAAAACCGACCAGUUCCUGAACCUGGUCCUAAUGAAGUACUUUUGAAAAUGCACUCCGUGGGAAUCUGUGGGUCUGAUGUCCAUUACUGGCAACAUGGGCGAAUUGGAAAUUUUGUGGUGAAGUCUCCAAUGGUGCUGGGCCACGAAGCAUCAGGAACCAUUGUUAAAGUAGGGUCGUCAGUAACCAAGUUAAAGAAAGGUGAUCGGGUAGCUAUUGAGCCUGGGGUUCCGCGGGAAGUCGACGAAUUCUGCAAGAUUGGACGGUACAACCUCUCACCGACCCUCUUCUUCUGUGCGACCCCUCCAGACGAUGGGAACCUGUGCCGAUAUUACAAGCACGAUGCCAACUUUUGCUACAAGCUUCCAGACAAUGUCACCUUUGAAGAAGGCGCUCUUGUUGAGCCCCUUUCAGUUGCAAUUCACGCCUGUAGAAGAGCCGAGGUGACAUUGGGUAGCAAAGUCUUCAUUUGUGGUGCUGGACCCAUUGGGCUCGUGACUUUGCUUAUUGCUAAGGCGAUGGGAGCAGCACAAGUGGUGAUUAGCGAUUUGUCUGCUCCCCGCCUUGAAAAAGCGAAUGAAAUUGGGGCUGAUUUCACCAUCCCGGUCAAGGGGCAGAGCCCUGAGGUGUUGGCCAGUAAGGUGGAAAGCUUGUUAGGUUGUAUGCCUGACAUCACUUUGGAAUGCACGGGGGCCGAAUCCUGCAUCCAGACUGGAAUCUAUGCAACGCGUCCUGGUGGGACUUUAGUUUUGGUGGGUCUUGGCCCAGAAAUGGUCACCGUGCCCAUCGUGACGGCUGCGGUGCGUGAGGUGGACAUCCGUGGGAUCUUUCGAUACUGCAACACGUGGCCCAUGGCGAUCGCGAUGCUCGCAUCGAAAAAAAUCAAUGUGCAACCGCUGGUGACCCACCGUUUUCCUUUGGAAAGGGCCAUGGAAGCGUUCGAGGCAACUAAGAAAGGGAUCGGGAUAAAAAUUAUGCUGAAGUGUGACCCAAACGACCAGAAUCCCUAAAAAACAUAAAAUAACCCCAAUCAUUGCAUCCCGUUCUACUUUCCCCUUCGGGAGAAUUAAGUCCGAGGAGAAGAAAAUGUAAACAUAGUGACUCAGAGCCUUAAACCGCCGAUAAUGUAGAGCCCUCGUCAAGGAAAUAAAUGUUAUGCAAAUGAUUUGGAAACUUGAACCUUAACCUUUGAGUUGGAAUGAAUAAAUGACCUCUGUCCUUACAA